AAAGUCUGGAAUCCUGCAGCUCGUGAGGAGGAGAGGAACCGUUAACUCUCUCAAGUCUCGAACUGACAGGAUUUCAUCAUGGAAACCACAUUUACUUCAUUACAAACGGCUGUCGGUGUAGAGUAACGUUAAGUGUGCGGUUUCCCUCCUCUUUAGAUGUGUUUGCGGUGAAGGAGUCGUUAAUAAUGUUCCGUUUGUUCUCCUCGGAGCGCGGGAGACAGAAGCAGCGGCUCGAGCUCAGUCUGGCGGGAAUCUGCGAGCUCGAGCUGCUCAAGCGCAGGCACGAGGCGUUGGUCAUCAGCGCGCUCGCGCUACACGCACCCGAACCGGAACCGAACCCGAGGUACCCGAACCAGAACCCGAACCCGAGGUGCCCGCCGCCGGAGGGCGUGUGGAGUUUGAUGAAGCUCCUGCAGCAUCAGGUCGGAGAGCUAAAGAUGGACGCCGGCGAGACUGAAGCGUCACACACUCGACCCGGCUCAGGGGUUUUCUCUGUAACGUGUGUGUGUGUGUGUGUGUGUGUGUGUGUGUCAGGCUCUGAACACACUGAGGGUCCUUGUCCUCUCGGCCCCGUCCGGCUCUCUGAGAGACACGAGUCUGUUGCCUCUCCUGCGCUGGAGGGCGUGAGUGAAGAUGAGCCGUGGGUCUGGCCCGAGGAAGAGCCCAGCGCCGAGGACUACAGGCAGGCUCAGCGUGUGGAGACGUACAUCAUCGGGCUAAUCCAGCGCCGCUCGCCUCAUGCUAGGCCCGGCAGACCUCCGCGCACUAGCAUGGGUCCCGAAGCCAGAGUGAUCCGGCAGAGUAGCAUUAGCCGGGCCGGGAUUCGCUCCACAUCUCUGGAUUUUCCCAGCAGCAGCGAAGCGGAAUCCCCACAGCGCGUCUACACACACACAUACUCCUCCGACGAGCUGGUGAACGCGCAGUACAUCCCAGCGCAGCCGUGCCGCGCUCUAGCGCACAAACCCGAGAGGAAGCCGAAGAAGUGCCGUUUCACGGAGGACAAGAUGGCGGCGAAGAAGCCCGGACGAAAAACCUGCCGCGCACAAUCCGAGAACAACCUUGAGCGCAAAUACAACACGGCGGAGAGGAACGUCACGGCUAAAACACGCCGCGGAUCCGCUCACCGGCGCUGGCGCUCCACGCUAGAACUGAGUCAGGACGAAGCCGAGCAGCCAAUCAGACGCUCCCGUAAGCCUCGUGUGUACCGAGUCGAGUCCGAGUCGAGUCUGAGCGAGGCCGAGUCGCGCGGGUCCAGCUCGCGGUCCAGCGACUCUGACGGGAGCAGCGGAUUGGUCUGGCCACAGCAGCUGGCUCCGCCCACUCAGCCUGGAAACAGCAGCGGAUUGGUCUGGCCACAGCAGCUGGCUCCGCCCCCUCUGCUGGCCCCGCCCACUCCGCCUGGAAACGCCCUGCAGCCCAAAGCCUUCGUGAAGAUCAAGGCGUCGCACGCGCUCAAGAAGAAGAUCCUGAGGUUCAGAACUGGGUCCCUUAAAGUCAUGACCACCGUAUGAGACACACACACACACACACACACACGUUUACUUGGCUAUCUAAAUGGGGACUCUCCAUAGACGUAAUGGUUUUUAUACCGUCCAAACUGUAUAUUCUGUCCCCUUACACUAACCCUACCCAUAUUUUUGUCAUUUUUAUUCGUUUCUUGAAUCCAUACAUUUACUGGAGAAGCGACAUGUUACAAACUUGUUCUUCAGGAUAAACCCUUUGAGAAGCAUCAUGUCGCUUUCAAGGAGGUCCUAAUACACAGAAAAUAGACAAACACAAGACAAAACAAUAACAACAAUAAUCACCUCAUUCAAAACAACAAACACACCACUACGGUGCGCGAUAUAGCUAAAGAAUUAUCACGAUAUAAUGUUUCACAUCGUUCGGUACCGAUAAUUAUUGACAUUUUUUUUU